AUGGCUCGCGCGAACAGCAUCGAAAAGAUCGACUCGCUCAACUCAAAGGAAGGCCUGCACAAUGGCGCCAUGAAGUACAUCGUCGUGACCGGGGGCACCAUGAGUGGCCUCGGCAAGGGGACGACCAUCAGCAGCUUAGGCGUGACGCUGAAGGCCCUCGGCGUGCAUGUGACGGCGAUCAAGGUCGACCCGUACCUGAACGUGGACGCGGGGACGAUGUCGCCCUACGAGCACGGAGAAGUCUACGUGCUCGAGGACGGCGGCGAAGUGGAUCUCGACUUGGGCAACUACGAGCGCUUUCUCGACGUGACGCUCUCCCGCGACCACAACCUGACCUCCGGCAAGGUCUACCAGAAAGUGAUUCAGGACGAACGCCGCGGCGCCUACCUCGGAAAGACCGUCCAGGUCGUCCCACAAGUCACCGACGCGAUCCAGGCCUGGAUUGCGCAAGUGGCCCAGCGCCCAGUCGACGGGCACUUCGCGGCACCCGAGGUUUGUCUGAUUGAAGUCGGCGGCACGGUCGGCGACAUCGAGAGCGCGAUGUACUUGGAGGCCCUCCAGCAGUUCUCGCGCAGAGUCGGCCGAGACAACUUCUGCCUCUGCCACGUCUCCUACGUGCCUUGCAUCGGCGGCGAACAGAAAACGAAACCCACCCAACACGGCGUCAGGGAGCUGCGCAUGGCCGGCCUUUCCCCGGACAUGAUUUUCUGCCGCUGCGAGACGAUGCUCUCCGAGGCAACCCGAAGCAAAAUCGCUCUCUUCACCCAAGUGCUGCCCGAGCAUGUGAUUAGCGUCCACGACGUCGCCAACACCUACCGCGUUCCGCUGGUCUUGGACAGCCAGAACGUCGCUCAGGCCAUCUGCAAGCGUCUGGGACUGGCGCUGUCAUCGCCCGUGGCGCGGGCGGCGGGCUCGAAGUCGAUUUCGAUGAAGAAGUGGAACCUGAUGGCUGAGCGCCUGGUUAGCCCGACGGAGAGCGUGCGGAUUGGCGUGGUGGGGAAGUACACGGGGCUGGCGGACUCGUAUCUGUCGGUGGUGAAGGCGCUGCAGCACGGCGCGAUGGAGGCGAACGUGAAGCUCGAGUUGGUGUGGAUCGAGUCCACGGACCUUGAGGCCGAGUCCACUAGCGAGGAGGGGGGAGCGGAGAACGGCGCUGCGAACCACAAGGCGCGCUACGAUCGCGCGUGGGCGGCGCUGCACUCGGUCCAGGGCGUGGUGUGCCCAGGCGGCUUUGGCGACCGCGGCAUCACCGGGAAAGCCAUGUCGGCGCGUUUCUGCCGCGAGAACAAAGUCCCCUACCUGGGCAUCUGCCUCGGGCUGCAGACGGCCGUCAUCGACUUUGCGCGCAGCGUGCUGCAGCUCCAGGGCGCCAACUCCGAGGAGUUCGACGCGACCUGCAAGCACCCCGUGGUGGUGUCGAUGCCUGAGCACAGCGCCUCGAACAACGAAGUCGGCGGCACCAUGCGGCUCGGCAAGCGCGCGACAAUCAUCCGCGACUCGAACUCGCUCGCCGCGCGCCUCUACGACGGCCGCCCGGUGAUCGACGAGAGGCACCGCCACCGAUACGAAGUGAACCCGACCGUCGUCUCCUCCAUGGAAGCCAAGGGCCUCAUGUUUGUCGGACAGGACGAGCGCGGUCAGCGCAUGGAGAUCGCCGAGCUGAAGGAUCACCCCUUCUUCUUCUGCGUCCAAUACCACCCCGAGUUCCAGAGCCGACCGCUCAAGCCCUCGCCGCCCUUCCUUGGCCUCGUCCUCGCGGCCGCCGGCAAACUCCAAGACCGAUUCAAGCAGUACGGCGGAUUCCUCCGCAGCGGAGCCGUCUACGAAGACGAUUCUGCGUAA